CGAAACCCAAAACAAGUCCGCCGACGCUGCAUGGUGGAGAAAAUAAGAUCGGAGGGGAAUUCGUAGAGCGGAGACAAUGUUCCGGAUAGCGUCGCUCACGGGACAGUUCUGUCGAAUGUCCCUUGCGCCGCCAAUUCAAGUGCAUCUCCAGAACAGGUCGACCAGUUUUUUCUCGAAAGUCACCGCUGAGCAUCUAUGGAAAGGAGUCACUUCUGUCAGUAAUGCAGGACGCAAGAGAGGUCGCGCGUCGGGGAGCAGUAGGAAGAUGGCGAGGGAUCUGAAUCGAGGCCAAGUUCUCGGCGUUGGUAAAAUCAACAUGGUGUGGCCGGGUUUGUCUGCACCUGCGAUCAGAGGCCAAGAAAUCAUUCGGCAACAAAAAUUAGAGCCCGAUCCCGAACGCGAAAAGCGUCUUACAGCCCUACGGAAUAAACACGUUGGUGUACGCAGGACUAAAAUAGCACCGCUCGAUCGGGGCUGGUCCGGUGGCAAAGCCGGAGGACGUUACAUCGGACCGCCAGAUCCAGUCGGGGACGAGAACUUUGAAGGUUUCAAGUCGUGCGUGGUGAAAAUGGGCAUGGUGUUUGUCAUGAGAGGCAAUACCGGCCGGACGCGACAGCACAAAUCCAUCGUCAUUGUCGGGAACGGGAACGGCCUCAUAGGUUUCGCUCAAGGAAAAGCGGGGGACGCUCGAUCUGCCCUGCGGAAAGCGAAGAACGGAGCAGCGAAAAAUCUUGUGUACAUCGAGCGCUUCGAAAACCAUACCGUACUCCACGAUUUUUACACCGAAUACGGUAGCUGCAAGUUGAUUGUCAAAAAGAAGCAGCGUGGAUACGGUCUGGUCUGUCAACGAGUCGUCCGUGAGCUCUGCAAAGUUAUCGGAAUCAAAGAUAUAUUCGUGAAGGCGGAUGCACGACGGAUGAAUACGCUUUCGGUCAUCCGGGCUUUCCUGCUCGGUUUGCAUAACCAACGGUCUCUCCAGAGUGUGGCGGACGAGAAACGUCUGCAUGUUGUUGAGUUCCGAGAGGAGUAUGGAUAUUUCCCGAAGGUGGUUGCGUCCCCGAAAGACGAGCCAGUCCGGACCGCGGAAGAGAUAAAUCCCAACGAGGAACUCGACUUCAAUAUGAUCAUCAACGGAGGGAGACUCGUUAUGAUGCCCAAAAAGAAGACACCAUUCUACUGGAAUUUGCCAGGUUACCAAAUUUAUCUCAAAAAGACCGACCCCCUGAAAAAUCAUCGCACCACCCAUUUGAGGAUUCUGAAGCGGUACGGAGCCUUGAAGAGUUUCCUGACGAUCCGGGAAGAGGAGGAACAGAAACAGGCGUCUCUCAAAUCGAGUUGAAAGGAGGCAUAGGUGACCUUCGCUAGAAUUUGUUCGAAUCUUGUACCUUGAAUAAAGGAACUUCGUCGAAAGGA